CGAAAGGAGCGGCUGUCGGGUCUUGGCGGCAGGAGUUUCGAGGCACCAGUGAUGCGUUACACGCCGUUAUUCGGCGCUAUAUGCAACAGAAGACACCAGAGCCAUACGCCCGCUAUGCUGCUUACACUCAGUCCUCGGGUACCGGAAAAUCACGAAUGAACGACGAGCUUGCCAAGAAGAUUAUCUACAUUCCAGUUAGCCUAGCGGCGGAUAACAGUGAUACGUUUCCUCCGCCAGACGUUGAAGCUGGUGAUUGGUUCGCAUUUCAUGCAAGCACGCGGGAGCGCUACGAGCACAGAAUGCAAGCUUUUGUCUGUUCUCUUCUUAAAAAUGCUCUAGACCGCCUGAAACGUAUUGAGGAAGAAUGGCAGCGGGCGGGGUAUCACGUACCAGCGGUGACUGGCACUCGGGAGGUUCACGAGCGCAUGUCGCUGUUGGCGAGUGAAUUCAGGAAGAAGAUGGGCGAUGGCAUGGAGUUUGGUCAGCACGGCGAGUAUCGAGCGGCAUUCUAUCAGUCGGUGAUUGAAGGUUCCAGAAAUUUUGUGCCGACGAACGUGCAAUCAAAAACCAAGAAGGACAGUCCGAUACUGGGUCAAAAUAACAAGACAGUCAAAACCAGCGCCGAGGAGUUAACUAUGGAUCCGUGGAAGAAGGCGCGCACCGACGAACCACUUGUCAUCCUGUGCUUUGACGAGGCUCACAUGCUCACCAUGUCUGUGGCCGGUGAAUACGACUGGACACGAUUCUCAGAGCUACGGCGCGUCCUCCGCAUGAUCGUAGGUUGGCCAAUCUUCACUCUCUUCCUUUCUACAGUCGGCGAACUGGAACAAUUCGUCCCGCUUCCUCAGCAAGAGACGUCGAGUCGACUCGCCAUCAGAGAGCUGGGCCUGUUCGCACCCAUCGUCCUCACCCCGUUUGAUAUCUUGGCCGAGCGCAUAUCAAAGUCAAACUGGACCCUGCAACGGGUUGCCUCCACACAUCACAUGACACAUUUAGGCCGCCCCUUGUUUGCCGCGAUGUACGACGCCGGCGAUGCGGACUUCCAGCAAAACAUCGUUAAAUUUGCGGGCACCAAGUUGUUGCACUCGAAGACACAUCCGUCAUCCCUCACAGCAAUGCAGUCGCUGGCCUGCAUGGGCGUACGGAUCCCAAUCCACUUCCAUCCCACCGUUCCUCCCGAUAUGGUGAAAGAACGAAUCCUAGUAGGUCAGCAUCUACGCCUGCUGCUGUAUGCCGGCCUUGGGUUCACCAGUAUGAUCACCACCUGUGCGUCCGAGCCGCUGCUCGCAGAGGUUGCGUAUCGGGUCCUAGGUACAAGACGGUGGUCAGCAGGCGAGGCGGUCAUGAUCGCUCCUAGUGAACGCGGAGCACAAAAGUUCUCGCCGCCGUUACAGGCAGUCUCGGAACAUCUCAAGCAUUCUUACCUGGAUCUGGGCACGCGUGGAGAAACGGUCGCCGCUGUUUUACUGCUCGACGCUCGCGAUCGUGCGACGACGUUUCCCCUCGCCCCUAACGAGUUACCACCCGGGACGGACACUGGCGGCGACAAGACGCUUAGAUACGAUGGAGCUCGGGAACGCCGGAUCGUGACCGUGUCGCAGUUCUUGAAGGCGCUCCUAGCAAAACCUUGCCACGACAUCACUCCACUCGAGUACCAUCAUGUCCAGCAUGCCGAAGUACGACUGGAAUUUGCAUUCAAGGACUGUUUCGUCUACUUCAACCACUUCAUCAAGGCCACCAGCUUCGAGGUGGUGAAUCAGGCGUACCUCAGGCUGGCCAUCUCUCGCGGUGCGGCGUUGAUCUGCGCAGACAAUCAGGCCGGUGUCGACAUCAUCAUCCCGUGUCUGUUCGGAACCCAGCUGGUCUCAGAGAAGCGCCACCUGUUUACGGCCAUGAACCCGUACACGUGCGGUAUCUUCGCCAAAGAUGUCAAGGAUCCACCGCCGGUCCUACGCAUGGUGUUUGCGCUCGCGUCAUCUGGGUCAGCUGUAACAAGUCCAUCGCGAAGGCAGCGUACGUCUCCGGGGCGCCAUGAAGCAUCAGCCAAAUUCACCGCGUACGAUAUUUGGUGCGCUGGGGCGGGCGCAUCGACGUUCGGAGUUGUUCAGGAGGGCGAACAGGAGGUGAUUGACAACAUCCUCAAAACGUUGCGUAGGCCGCGCGAGGCGGAGAGGAUGUACAAGGACGAUGAACCAGUCAGUGCUGUCCGGGCGAUGCAACCUCUGUCGUCGACAGACCGCAGCCACUUCGAGCGGUGGGCUGAGAUCGAGGAAGGCAUCGGGGAGGAGUGUGAACUCUUGGAAGCGGACGAGUAAGCCGGAGGCUGUGCAUGUACUACUGUACGAGGUCCCUGAGGAGAACGCAGAGUUGGUCAACUGUAUAAGGACCAUAGAUGAUAGUAUGAAGGUCCACGUAGAUUUUACAGUCCUGGAGCGGAUCGAAGAUAGCCUGUCACAUCGAGUAUAAUGCUCGUCGCCCGUUCCCGUAUGACGAUGCAACACGUUAGCAUGCACGCAGACCCAUUGAGGAUCGACGAGCAAC